UAAAAUCUUAUUUAAAAAUAAACCAGUCUAAUUAUUAAGUGUAAACUAGCGCCAUCUACCAAUAGAAUGGUGUAACAUUUUGACAAUUCUAUAACUGCUUCGAACCAGCAGUUUAAUUUUAGCUACAGUGGGGAACCGGCGUUGAAUCAGAAUGUCCCGGUGCCCUCAACCAGACGCAGCAUACGCAGCGGCAUGCUCGGCCCAAACACUAUGCAGCGCCGGGCGGGGCUUCCUCCGUGCCUUACUACCAGAGCUGGCCACCAUACCGACGCCGGAAUGGCUACAUGCGCUCGAACCGUUAUCUGACGCGGGGAGGCUGCAAGCCUGCAGGGACCAUAAUGAGUUAAUGGAAGCCCUCCGCGAAGUAGUAUCCCGCGUCGCCCCCGUCUACCGUGGCAAAGACGCUCGGUUAUCAAGAGAACGGAGAAGAGCUGCAGAACUAGAACUAAAGGAACAUGAUGAAGAUGAAGAUGCUAUAGAGAGAGCUCUGGCUUUGGCCAGUGAGGCUGUCUUGAAAGCACCCACUACUGAUGACGACGACGAAGCAACCCUAGCUCUGGCCCUCUGGACGCGUAGCGCCGUCCUGCUCGCGCGCCCACGCCGGAAAGGGACGGCUGCCGCACUAGCAGAUCUGAGGCUGGCUCUGCGCUCGCGCCUGCCUGCUAAGAUGCGCGCGCACUAUUAUUGGAGGACCGGACACUGCUACAGAGAUUGUGGUGAGCCCACUCGCGCGAAGGUGUCCUACGAGUUGGCGCUGCGUCUGCUCCGGGCCGAUGACAACACGUCGAGGGAGCGGCUCCAGAAGGACCUGGCUUCGUUGGAUUUUAGCCAGCAGGCGCCUGAACCCGCUGAGAAAGUGCUAGAAAUCAGUGUCGCGGGAGGCUGUAAACCUAACAUGCCUGCACUAUCAAAACAUAUUAAGAUUGUGGAAGAAGAAGGAAAGGGUCGUUUCGCAGCAGCACGAGCGCCCCUCCACCCAGGCGACAUUGUCUUGGCCGAGAGUCCGUACGCAGCAUGCCUGCUGCCUGACCAUCUCGGAACACACUGUCUACACUGCUUCACCAGGUUAUCGCUCUGCUCAGAAGAGGCACCAGUGUGGUGCCCGCGCUGCGCAGGCGUGGCUUUCUGCUCGUUAAGUUGCCGGGAGAAAGGCAUGGUAUACCACCAACAUGAAUGCAGUUUCCAAGACUUGUUUAUCGGCUCCGGCAUGUCAAUCCUCAGUCACAUCGCCCUCCGCAUGGUCACGCAGCUCGGCCUCUCGGGCACCCUUGACGUCUAUACACGUCAUGUCUCCGGCGACGUCCCUUUAGCUCACGACGACAUAGACGGAAAGAAAUCCAAGAUGAAAUCGAGAAAGGAACGGCUGAAUAGGAGCAAGAAGGGUUUGAAGAUGGUUGAGGAAGAAAAGGAAAAAUGUGAAAAUGAGGAGAAUUCAGAUUUGAAGACGGCACAGAUAUAUUCCCUCUGUACACACUCUGAGCAGCGCACCGGAGAGGACUACGUGAAGAGAAUGGUUGUUGCUGUUUUUCUUACUGAAUGCCUGGUGAAGAGCGGGUUCUUCAACUCAGUGUCCGCUGACGAGAUGGAAAAUGCGCGCUGGUCAGUGACAGCCGUGAUCAUACGCAACCUCCAACUGCUCCAAUUCAACGCGCACGAAGUGUUUGAAACAUUGCGCAGCGGAGACGGGAAGGGGGAGGGACAUCUCUUCAGAGGCGCGCGCGCACAGCACAUCGCCGUCGCUAUAUAUCCUACUGGGGCGCUGUUUAAUCACGACUGCUUCCCUGCAGUUGCUAGGUACUUCAUCGGCCGCCGCCUCAUCCUAGCCUGCACUCGGUCCCUACCCCCGGGGGCCACAGUCCCCGAGUGCUACGGCCCCGCAGCCGCGCUGCGCGACGUGACGUCACGGCGGCGCACGCUCGCGGCGCGGUACUGGUUCACGUGCGCGUGCGACGCGUGCGAGCGGCCAAGCGCGUGGCCCACUAUGCAGGAGAGCGGGGACCCUCCGCUAAGAUGCCCAACGCCAGAGUGCUCCGGCAUGCUAUCAGGAUCACGCCAGACGGUUAAGCAGGGCGCCCGUUGCUCGGCCUGUGGCGUCACUUUUGACGCCAUGACGCUUGAGAGGCGAAUAGACGUUAUUGAAGAUUGUCAUAAGCUGUUUCAGGAAGGAGCCAGACUUAUGGAUGAGCAGCUAGUAGACGAAGCGAAAUCCGUGCUCUGCGGAGCCCUGGAGCGUUACCAUGACACCGCGGCGGCGCCCCGCCGAGCCGCCUAUCUCGCUCACGAGGCCUUGAGGGCCCUACUCACUUCUGUUGGCAACUCUCACCUCGUCAAAGUAAAAGAGGGUGAGGCAGACGUAGAAGCGAGCCAGAAAUAGAUUUGGAGGAAGAGAAGUUGGCUUCCACGAGGCUUAAGUAUACAUUAAAAAGUGAUAAUGACAAGAAACAAGCAGAGUAGACCAGCAACUGGUUUUGACGAUGGAAGCAAGCAUGGAAUAAGUGGAAUUUCAAUUGAUAAGUGAGACAGAUAUAGUAAGUACGCAUCGCACUUUUUGAUAAAGUUAGACCAAGAAAAGUCUGCAGCGAUUUUGAUAGCCCACGCAGUGCAGUGAAAUGACACUUGCACGACGUUAGAGUGAGACAGAUAUAGUUAGAAAUUAAGAAUGCAUCGCGCUCUUCUAGAUGUAGUCGAAUUUUGAUUUUUUUCCUUACUUUUGUGCCUUAGGUACUCAGCUAUUAACCUUUUCGACGCCGUGUCAAACACAAAAGCUGUCACGCGGACGCCACGUCACCGAAGUGUCAAAACUGAAAUUGAACUUUAUGCAUAUGCACGUAGGCCUAUGUUGCUCUGUGGUCUCUGACCGAUUAAUCGGUCUUUGGCGUUAAACCUGCAGUGCGGAUAUAUCGGUCAUUGGCGUCCAAAAGGUUAAAUUAAAAAUGUUAAAAACCAAUGUUUGUCAGUGGCAUCGUAGCUCAAACGGAUGAACUGAUUUAAAUGCGGUUUUUUUUUAAUGUUUGUAAGCUAAAUUUCCUUGCGGUGGUUACAACCUAUGUCUGAUAAAAAUCGAUGCGGCACUUUAUGACAUUUUUGAAUAAAAAGUUUUUAAGACGGUUUUUG